CGAGUUAAAAUACAUUCGAAUAACUGUCACGUGAUUGUCAAGUGAUUCUAUUCAUUUGAAAUGUUCGUUAUAAUAAUUUAAGAGUGUUAAAAGAGUAUAUUUAUUAUCUAUUUUGAUAAAAACUAAUUCAUAAAUCUUUUUAAAUAUUUUUACGAUUUAAUUUUUACAAGAAAACAAUAUUUCCUAACCAAUCAUAAAGUAUUGGUUAAAGGGGCUGCAAAGUUAUACAAACACUUGUUCAAUUUUUCGUAAAGAUUUAAAUGUUCACUGAAACUAUUUUUCAUUUUAAUAUAAUUAAAACUUCAAAAUAUAGUUGAUGGCAUUAAAUUGAAAACAUUCAGUGUAUUUGCACAAAGUGAAGAAAAAUGCAUUAAUUCAAUUCAUGGAGUUAAUAAGUUUAAUAAAAUAUAGAAAUGAUCAGAGUAAUAAUUAUUAUUUAUAUAUAUGGUGCAUUAGCUUUAGAGGGAAGCGAAGUACUUAAAAAUCUAGGAGAAAAACAAUAUACAUUAUUAACAGCCAAAUCAACUUUGCCAAAACAUGGAUUAUGUUGGUCUAAUGCGCUUAAGUCGAUAAAAAAUAGUUGUGAGAAUUUGAAUGAUUAUGAACAUUCCCUCCUCGCUUUAAAAUUAGCUAAUUGUUUUUUAGAAGAUUCUGGUCAUACUUCUUACGAUUGCCAUUUGACUAAAUCGGAAGAUAUUCGCAAAGAGUGUAUCAAUGAAAUGUCAGAUAGAGCAUUCAAUGUAUAUAAUGAAUUUUAUACGCAUACUACACAUAUAUGUUUUUAUUUAAAUUACGAAUCAUGGCAGAUGGAAACUGACAAAACGAUCAAAUCGUUGUAUAAAGUUUCUUCUCAAAUGAAAGAACAAUUGUUAGAAGCAUCAGAGUUACAAAACGUAAUGUUGAAAAGUCAGAAAGAAGGAUUAAAAAUUCAAAACGAAAUAUUAAGCCACGGUAAAGAACUUGGAAGCAUAAUCAAAUCUUCAUCUGAAACUGUGAAUGAUAUGGUUAUGGAAUUUAAAGAAUCGGCAAAAGAUCAGAAGGAAUUACUCUAUGAGAUUUUUUCUUACGUACGUACUUUUCAAAAUUGGAUUAUCGGAGAAGUAUCAUGGUUCCAAUCUAUUAUUUAUUAUACAAUCAGUUGUAUUCUCUGCGCAAUUUUUAGCUCGGCUAAGAGAACUGCAGAUGCGCGUGUUAUACUUUUCAUAAUUCUAAGUUUAAACGUUACAGUAGAAAGAAUAUUAGUUCAAUAUUAUGAGAAUACCAUGAACCAUUUUACACAUGACAAGGUAGAACUAAUAUACAUAACUUGGUCGAUAAGGAAAAUAUGUUUAACAUUAUGUGCAGUUACGUUGCUGUGUACAUACUUCUAUUUUAAAGACAAGCAAUUAGAAAGUUUUCAUGCACUUAGACGAAUAGAAAAUCGAUUAGAUAACAUGCAAAUAAUUACACCGAUCAAUAUUAAUCAAUCUAUUAAUAAACCUAUUCGAACAUCCACGGAGGAGAGUCUGCAGUUCAUCCGACAAUCUUUAAAGUCGGAUGAAAUGGAUCACCUGGAAGGUACACAUUUCGACAGACUCUUACCACACGUGUUUGUUACACUCGGAGCAUCUGGUGAUUUAGCUAAGAAGAAAAUUUAUCCGACUCUCUGGUGGCUUUUCCGAGACAAUCUUUUACCAAAAAUAACGACAUUUUUCGGAUACGCUAGAAGCAACAUAACUGUUAAACAAUUGCGAGAAAAGUGUCAUCCUUACAUGAAACUUAAACCGGAAGAGGAAGUUAAAUACGAAGAAUUUUGGAAAUUAAAUUAUUAUAUUAGCGGUAAUUACGAUUCGGAAGAACAUUUUAGAAUCUUGAACAAUGAGUUGCAAAAACAUGAGAAAGGUUCGAUGGCCAAUAGGCUUUUUUAUUUGGCUUUACCACCGAACGUUUUUGAAUCGGUCACUGUACAUAUUAAAAGAGUUUGCAUGGGACAAAAAGGUUGGACAAGAAUUAUAAUAGAAAAACCAUUCGGCCGAGAUGCUAUUUCAUCGCAACUUCUUUCCGAUCAUCUUGCGUCACUUUUCGAUGAAGAACAAAUCUAUAGGAUAGAUCAUUAUCUUGGAAAAGAAAUGGUUCAGAAUUUAAUGACAUUAAGAUUUGCAAACAGGAUAUUCAAUCCAAGUUGGAACAGGGAUAACAUAGCUUCCGUACAAAUAACUUUUAAGGAAUCUUUUGGUACUGAAGGAAGAGGUGGAUAUUUUAAUGAGUUUGGAAUUAUCAGGGAUGUUAUGGAAAAUCAUUUGCUACAGAUAUUAUCGCUCGUUGCGAUGGAAAAACCUGCCUCGUGUCAUCCAAAUGAUAUCAGAGAUGAGAAAGUUAAAGUCUUAAGAUGUAUAAAGCCAAUAGAAUUAAACAACGUAGUUUUAGGACAAUAUGUGGGUAAUCCAGAUUCCAACAACCCUGAGGCUCAAUUAGGAUAUUUAGAUGAUCCUACUGUACCUCCAGGUUCAACCACUCCAACUUAUGCGCUAGCGGUACUGAAAAUUAAUAAUGAACGAUGGGAUGGUGUUCCUUUUAUUCUUCGUUGUGGAAAAGCUCUGAACGAGCGUAAGGCUGAAGUUAGAGUUCAAUAUCACGAUGUACCUGGUGAUAUAUUCGAUGGUAAAACAAAAAGGAACGAAUUAGUUAUAAGAGUACAACCUGGUGAAGCGUUGUACAUAAAAAUGAUGACUAAAUCACCUGGUAUCACUUUUGAUAUGGAAGAAACAGAAUUAGAUCUCACGUAUGGCAAUAGAUACAAGCAUCUGAAAUUACCUGACGCCUACGAGAGAUUAAUUUUGGACGUUUUUUGUGGAUCGCAAAUGCAUUUCGUUCGUAGCGACGAACUUUUCGAAGCGUGGAGAAUUUUUACACCUCUAUUACAUCAAAUCGAACAGGAAAAAAUACCACCGAUUCCUUACAAACAUGGCUCUCGAGGACCAAAAGAAGCCGAUGAUAAAGCAAAGGAAAAUAAUUUUGCUUAUUAUGGUUCCUACAAAUGGAUAUCUUCGUAAGAUAUUUAAAAAAAAAAACAAACAUUAAGUUUAUAUAUAAUUGUGAAACUGAUAAAAAUAUAAAAACCAAUUUAUUUUUAUACAAUGUGUGAUUGUGAUAUAUCAAGAUUUUGUAUAAUAAUUAAGAUGGCAUUUCUGUAAUUUUGUAUACAGUAUUUAUCAAACUUUCUACAUUGAUGACAUACACACACACAUAUAUAUAUAUAUACAUAUAUUUUGGUAUUACAGAGAGACAUGUUCUAUUUUUAUAUAUGUAUGUAUUCCUUUUGAUGCAGUUAUACACAAAACAUUUUUCAUAAAAACUCGAGUUCAUUUAUUUCGGGGUUAAAAAUACAAAGCUAUUUUCUACUUAUGUUAUACUUUUAUUAAAUCUUGACAAUUUAAACAUUGUGCCAAUCAUUUGAAAUGUAACAUACAUCGGUUAAAUAAUAUAAAUUACAGAAAGAGAGAGAGAGAAGGAUGAUAUUGGCUUGAUAUUGUUUAAACAUAUAUCAUAAUAAAUAAAUCGAAGAAAGUUGAUUCACAUAUAUUUUCGUUUCUAAAAUCGUAUAAGACUGUAGUUUUGAAUAUUAUACAAGCCAAUUGUGAUCUGUGUGUAUGUACUAUGAUAUUAUACAUUUACAUAUAGUGCUAUGUUAUUUCUCUUCGACUCUUUCUCUUGUUUAUACAAAAAGAUCAAUUACGUUUGGAAUAUAUAAGUCAA